UCUCCGUUUCCCCUCAAUUUCUUUCUCACUGUGACCCCUCAGGGAUAAAUUCAGCUCCUUUUUUCUGCUGAUCGUAUGGAAAGAUGACGACGACGAUGAUGAUCAGUUCUCAUGUUUUAAUUUCCAUAUUGAAUUUCACAUGCUUUUGUUGAAAUUCUGUGGUGGUGUUGGGGGAUCUUGUUGGCGAGCAAAGAAAGGUUUUGGGACUCUUGUUGAUGGGUGCUCCAAAGCAGAAGUGGACAUCAGAAGAAGAAGCAGCCCUCAAAGCUGGUGUAAUUAAGCAUGGGGCAGGAAAAUGGCGCACAAUACUUAUGGACCCAGAGUUUAGCACCAUCUUGCAUUUGCGGUCAAACGUGGAUCUCAAGGAUAAAUGGAGAAAUAUGAAUGUCAUGGCAAGUGGAUUGGGGUCUCGACAUAGAGCUAAGCUUGCCCUUAAGAAUCAAACAACCCCUAAACAUCAUGAGGAGGCUAUGGCUUUGAGCACUGUAGUUCAGAGCGGUGAAGAGAUACUUGAUGCUAAGCCUCUUGCAAUUUCACGUGGACCAUUGCGCAUUGAUGGUCCAAAAAAGGGAAUUACAAGGUUGGACAGUCACAUAUUGGAGGCUAUAACUAAUUUAAAGGACCCUAGUGGUUCUAACAAGACUGCUAUAGCUAUGUACAUUGAGGAGCAUUAUUUGGCACCUCCAAACUUCAAAAAGCUGCUGUCAACAAAAUUAAAGCUUUUGGUAGCAAAUGGCAAGUUAAAUAAGGUAAAGGGUAACUACAGGAUCAGUUUGAUGCCUCCUGUAGUGAGAAGAAGCUCUUCCAUGCCAUUUGAGGAGGGAAAGCAAAAGGAUUCUUCAAAAGCAGAUAAGGGUGACAUCAAAAUCCUUACUAAAUCUCAGAUUGAUGCAGAGCUGGUGAAGAUGAGGAGUAUGACUGCUCAUGAAGCUGCUGCUGCUGCUGCACGAGCUGUUGCUGAGGCAGAAGCUGCCAUUGCUGAGGCUGAAGAAGCAGCAAGAGAGGCGGAGGAAGCAGAAGCUGAAGCAGAAGCAGCACAUGUUUUUGCAGAAGCAGCAUUUAAGGCUUUGAAAUGCAGAACACUUCGAACCUGGUGAAAAAUGGUAGAAACAUCAAAUCUGGCUGUUUGGAUCAUUGGAAUGGAACCGUGCAUUAGGACUCUGAUGAGCAUCAAAGUGCGGCAUUAGCUUUUGCAACAUGUUUUAUAGCUGUAAAUAUUGUAGGCUUGUGAAUGUGACAAAAUGCAAAAUUAUCCUGUCAAAAUGUGCUUUCUCUUGAGGUUUUUUGCUGGCUGGAAGCCAUAGUAGGUUCAUUGAUUUUGAGGAUUUUGUAGUGAAGUAAAAAAAAGAGGGACUAGCCAAAGAAAUAGAAAUCGAAACCUUCAGAUGCCAAGUUGAAUAUAUGCUCCACCUCUCCCUGACUGUUAUUUGAUCUGAGGAAAGAAUGAAUAACACAAAAUGCAAUUUUUGGAAUGUA